AUGGAGACAACCAAGUUCCCAAAGAGACCCACGCUUAGAUGGAACCAACACAAGCGCCUGGUGCUUUGUUAUUUGUAUCGAUUCUUUGUUUGUAACAAGAAAGAAACAGAAGAAAUAUUCUCCUACAUGUUUCGAAGUCACCUAAACGAGCGCAGUAUUCCAGGCUUUAUUCCAUUUGCUACUCCCAACGCCCAGUGGGUUUGGCUGAAGAAAAAACGUGAUCCAGUUUGGUCCCAUGUGCAUAUGAACACCGCAUUUGAAGCGAAUGACGAGUGGAAGGAAAUUGCUACACAGAUUAAAUCUGCAGCCAAGACUUUGCGGUUCGAGCUCCGUGAGAGGAUGGAGGAUGACACCAACACAUCGUGCCAGAACUCAUUAGAGUCCGACGAUGAACGGAAUACUGCAUCCAAUGGACCCGCCGCAUCAAUACUUCCCCACUCAUUGUCUAUUCCAGAGACUGCCGACCCGGUAGUAUUGAUAUGCCCGACCCAGGAUCGUGUUUUCAAUGGAGGAUCUAGAGACAAUCAACACGCUGACCAAGCCAUUGACCUAUGCAUCAACCAAAGCAUUGGCCAACAGAACGACAUCCAGAAUGACACUCCCACUGGACUCCAUGGGUCCACCGAGCCCGUCGUCACUACCCAUAGCAAGCUCUGCCUCUGGUGUGAACACGAAGGAACCGCCUACGAUGGAUAUGAGAAUCAUAGCCAUGGCAACCAGCAUAAUGACCGACAAGACGACCCGAUUAUUAGAGAGUACACCCAGGGAUUCAGACAGUUUAUGAGGGAGCUAGACGGUAAAUUCUCCUAUUCGGAUGAAGAAUUUUUUGAUUCAGAGAGCGAGUACGUGAUGACACCCCAAGCACGCCACUCAGAAGUGCACUCAUUUUACGACCCACGCCUGUCCUUGCCUUCGGACCUAGAACAAGGGCUCCUAGAUUCUGGGGAUAAUUCAGACUGGUGCGCUGACAGAGAAAGCCCGACCAAUUUGGCUGAUUUCGGGACCCCUGCAAUCCCAAUGGAAGACCGGAGCGGUGCCCUUGAUGAUCGAAUUUCUACACAAAAGCCUCUUUCCAGCUUCUGUUUCCCCCAUAAUCACACAGCUCACGGUGAGACACCCUACGACGGCUUCAGCAGCCAGGGGGUGUUGCAGUAUGCGGGGCCCUCAAAUGGUGAAAUGAGGGUGGAAACCCUGCGCCAGAUAUCUGUAGAAGCUCUUCGCCAGGUUGAAAACCGGCCAACAACUCAAUUUAAUCAUCAGAAGGAGAUGGAUGUAUUGAUGUAUGACGGCAACACCUGGAACCAAGUGUAG